ACAAAUAACCACACAGUUUCAUAAUCCACCAUAUUAUCCAUAUCUUAUCUUCUCCAUAGGAGAGAAAAAAAUCCAACAAAACAAAGGAGACUAUUGAGCAGAGAAAAUAAAAAUGGAGGAAGAAACAAAUACAUCAACUUUAGCUCAUGUUUUAGUAUUUCCAUUUCCUAUACAAGGCCAUAUCAAUCCUAUGCUCCAAUUCUCAAAACGCUUAGCUUCCAAAGGCCUUAAAGUCACCUUCAUCAUAACUCACUCACUAUCCAAAUUGCUUCCUCCUCGCUCUAACUCUAGUCCAAUCCAAAUCCGACCCAUUUCUGAUGGCCUCAAAGACGAUGAGAAGGUCGACGACUAUGAGGCCUACUUAGAGCUUUUUGAAAGAGUAGUCCCUCAAAGUGUAGCUCACCUUAUUGAGGAGUAUAAAGUAACUAAUCACCCUGUGAAAUUUAUAGUGUAUGAUUGUCUGAUGACUUGGGUCUUAGACUUGGCACGGACGGCUGAGAUUGAAGCAGCUCCUUAUUUUACUCAAUCAGCAGCCGUUCAUUCCAUACAUUAUCAUGUGUAUGAAAGAGCUUUAAAGCUACCUAUUGAAGGUUCUCUGAUUUCAAUGCCUUCAAUUCCUUUGUUAAGACCUAAUGAAAUGCCUUCUUUGAUAGUCAAUCCUGGGUGUUAUUCUUCUAUUAAUUGCCUUAAUAUCAAUCAGUCCUCCAACUUUGGUAAGGCCAGAUUGAUGUUCUUCAAUACUAUUGACAAGUUGGAAUCUCAGGUGCUAGAUUGGAUGAGAAGCAAGCAAUGGCCUAUAAAGACAAUAGGACCAGCCAUUCCCUCAAUGUACUUGGACCAACGCUUAGAGGAUGACAAAGAAUACGGUCUCAACUUCUUCGAGCCAGAAACCGAUGCUUGCCUCCAAUGGCUUGAUACCAAGGAAACUAGUUCUGUUGUUUACAUAUCAAUGGGAAGCUUUGCUGCCCUAGGAGUAGAGCAAAUGGAAGAAAUAGCUAAGGGUAUAACACAAACUGGAAAGUAUUUCCUAUGGGUAGUUAGAGCUUCAGAAGAAGCUAAGCUUCCUCCAAAUUUCAAAAAUGAUGUAACAAGACAAGGCUUAGUUGUCAAUUGGUGCCCUCAGUUAGCCAUUUUAGCUCACCGAGCAAUAGGGUGUUUCGUAACUCAUUGUGGGUGGAACUCGACUUUAGAGGCUAUAAGUCUAGGAGUCCCAUUGGUGGCAAUGCCUCAGUGGACAGACCAACCUACCAACGCCAAGUACAUAGCCGAUGUUUGGAGGAUCGGUGUUAGAUUGAAGGUCGACGAUAAGGGUAUUGUAACAAGAGAUGAAGUCGACGUCUGUAUACGAGAAGUCAUGGAGGGAGAACGCUCCAUAGGUUUCAAAAAGAAUGUCAUGGAAUGGAAGAAGUUAGCUCAAGAGGCUAUGGAAGAAGGUGGUAGCUCUGAUAGAAACAUUGAAGAAUUUGUUGCUGAACUGAUGCAUAUGUAGAAUUUGUUUAACUUAGCGUCUAAAUGUAGAUACUGUUAGAUAUAUGAUGCUCAACCUAGUUUAGAAAUUUAGUUCUCUGAAGUGGAUGAUUUGCAGAAAGAUGACGACUUCCUCAUGUUUAAAUACUGGUGAUGCAUUAUGAUUAUCCAUUCUAUCUUCUUCUACUUCUGAGGAUAAUGCAUUGCCACCUUUUUUUUUCUAUAGGAUUAGUGAUAUCUGUAAUUUU